AAAGUAGCACUGUCAAAAUUCACAAAAGGAAACAAAAAAUCUGUCAAUUAGGCUUGCAACAUUUUAUCCGUCAGUCUUUCUUUUUUGUAAAAAAAAUUGCAUCGUGAGAUUCUUGUGAGUUGUGACAUGGCUGGAAAUAAUACUGAAGAAGUAGAGGGGUCUGCGACGACAGAGACCAAAGGCACUACUAAUGCUGAGGUCCCGCCGGAGUUCCUGAUCAAGCACCCUCUGCAGAACACCUGGAGUCUUUGGUUUUACGACAAUGACAGGAACAAGACUUGGGAGGAGAACCUAAUUGAAUUAACUACAUUCGAUACGGUUGAAGAUUUCUGGAGACUGUACCACCACAUUAAGCUACCGUCGGAGCUGCGCCAAGGCCACGACUAUGCCGUGUUCAAGCAAGGCAUCCGUCCCAUGUGGGAAGAUGAUGCCAACAAGAUGGGUGGCCGCUGGCUCAUCAGUCUUGAGAAGAAGCAGCGUAACUCCGAUCUGGAUCGCUUUUGGUUAGAUGUGGUUCUCCUCCUAAUCGGCGAAAAUUUCGAUCAUUCUGAAGAAAUUUGUGGUGCUGUUGUUAACGUUAGAGCGAAAAUCGACAAAAUUGGCGUUUGGACAGCCGACACUUCGAAGCAGCACGCCAACAUCGAAAUAGGCAGAAAAAUUAAAGAGCAACUGGGCAUCCACGGGAAAAUCGGCUUCCAAGUCCAUCGGGACACCAUGGUCAAACAUAGUUCGGCAACUAAGAAUCUUUACACUGUUUAGUUGCCACUUAACGUUCGUGCAUUUGAUGUGACAGCGGUAUGGGGUGGCUAGGUAAAAUGUCUACAGAAUGUUGUUUAUGAUAGGCGAGGGUACUCGACUGACAAAUCGAUUACUCGAUUGCGACAUUUAAUCGAUUUGUCAUCCGUUAGUGUACACUCAGUGGUCCGCCUUUUCAGUUAAUUCGAUUUUAUGAAUUCGAGAAAAGGAGUAGUGGUUAAAACAAUAUUAUGAUUAAGAAGAGAUGUUUUAGCAAUACAGUAAGCUGUCUCAUACGUUGUUGUUGUGUUUUCUAACCAUUGAUUAGCUAUCAGGAGAAUGAUAUUUAGGUUGAAGUUAAGGAGUUGUCUCACAUAAUUUAUCUUAAUAUAACGUGCAUGUUACGUCUGUGGCUAGAAAACUUUAAAUUGUAAGUCUGACUUUUGUACUAAAGUGUGCAUUAGUUGUAAUCUAUAGAUGUAAUUGUGUCGAUAUGUGCUAGCUUGUUGGUUGCAGGAUAUAAAUUAUUAGUAUUAUAAAGGAGGUAACAUAUUUUUACAUUUAGCACUUUUUAUGUAUGUUAUUCAAAAACACUUGGCUUGAUUUAACACUGUUCUGUCUGUGACGGUCAUUGUAACAGCAUUUCAACGAUGCAAAAGUAUACCAUGAAACAUUAAAUACCAAUUUGUAUAAAAAUUGAA